AUAAUACAUAGUUCCUCUCUCUGGAAGUAUAUCGUCAUCGAAACUCCGUAACAUAACCAAACUCCUGUGGGUUCCCAAACGAACGCCAUUCCAUCUCCAUCUGCGAUUGUGCGAGAGAAAGCGUGGUCGCCGUUUGUGUUGGAGAAGAAGAUGCCGAAGAAAAUGGGAGUCAACAGCAAAGCCGAGGCGGCUAGGGCUCGAAAAACAGCCACCGAAGCUGAGAAGAAAGAGCGAGAGGCGCGUGACAAAGAGGAACAGUACUGGCGUGAAGCCGAGGGCUCCAAGUCCCGAGCCGCCAAGAAGCGCGAGGAGGAAGCCGAGAAGCGUGUCGAGGCCGCCGCGCGCAAGGCCGAGGCUCGCCGCCUCGCCGAGCAGGAGGAGAAGGAGCUCGAGAAAGGUCUCCGGAAGCCCGAUAAGAAGGCCAAUCGCGUCUCUGUACCCGUCCCGAAGGUCACAGAGGCGGAGCUCCAGAAGCGGAAGGAGGAGGAGCAGGAGCAGAUUCUGAAGCGAGCCGAGGAGGCCAAGCGCCGACAGAGCCGGACCCAGGGCGAGGAGGAGUAUGAGAGGAUGGUGCUUGUCGCGAAUAUGAACCGCGAUGAUUCAAUAAUCGAGGCACGGACGGUUGAGGACGCUAUUUCCCAGAUGGCUGUUACAGAUAACUUGCCUGUCGAUAGGCAUCCCGAGAGGAGGCUCAAGGCAUUGUUUAAGGCUUUUCAGGAAGCUGAGCUUCCCAGGCUGAAGGAAGAGAAACCAGGUCUUACUCACACCCAGUACAAGGACUUAAUAUGGAAGCUAUGGAAGAAAUCUCCCGAUAAUCCUCUUAACCAGGUCGCAGAAUGAAAACCCAAUGCAUUAGAUUCCUGGGCUUCACUGGAAGAGGAGGACACUGUAGUAUUUGGCAUAGAUACAUAAUCAACAUCCUACUGGAUUGUUUGGGGCCGCUAUAGGAAAUCUGAGCGUGGGGGUGUUCAAGCUGAUCAGAUAAUAAUACUUGCUUUUCAUCCUCCACUAAUAACUUCCCUGUUGUUUUGUUUUCUGUGAUGAAGUUCUUUGGAGUCUUUUUCAUGGCUGUAAUCAACUCUGUCUUUCUUGAUGAACCAGCAGAGAAAUUGUGUAAAUUAUGAAGUGGCUGUUCUAUACGUGUACUCGGUUGUAAAACAUGUUUCUUCACAGAAUGGUUUGCCUUAUGUUUUAUCUUCUUAGAUAUCAGGCUGCCGCCAAUUGGCCGCAAUGGUUUUCCCUA